AUGUCUACUGGUAAUAAAAAGCGUAAAACACCAACUCCCAAAUCAAAUACAACGGCAACAACCACAAUAAAUAAGGAAAACGAAAUUAAUAAAGAGUCAAUAAUCAAUCAACAACCAAAAAAAGGUAGUGGGAACACUACAUCAACAACCACUACACCAACCACUACACCAACAACUACUCCAACAACAACUCCAACAACAACUCCAACAACAACUCCAACAACAACUCCAAUUUCACCACCAAAAACUCGAUCCCAAGCAGCGGCAUUACAAAAACAAAUAGAAGAAGAACAACAAAAAUCAUCAAAAAGAACUAAAAAACAAAAGAUGUAA